AUGUCCUUCAUUCGAUUCAUUUGCCAACGCUGCAACCAGCCUCUGAAGCUGUGUCAGCCCCUGGAAACCCAGGGCCUUCCUGCAGCCCCAACGCUGGCCUCAGUGCAGGGGGAACUAGGAGAAACCCAGACGGGUGCUACCUCCAGGGAGGAGACGGAAGUUGAGAAGCUACAGGACGAUACCUCUAGUGGGCCCUUUCCUGGUGAUGGCACGAUGUCCAAGGACAGCAGCAACAUUUUCACCCUGCUUGGGAAGCUCGGUCCCCUGCGAACUCUCAGUAGCAUCCAGAAGACUGCCAGAGAUGUCUUUGAAAUCAUUUCUGGCCAAAAAGAUGUGGACCACCCCCUGUGUGAGGAGUGUACUGACCACCUUUUAGAGCAGCUGGACACUCAGACGGCUCUCACAGAACUUGAGAAUCGGAACUACGAACGCUGCCUGGAGACCAGGGUACAGGCAGGUGAGGAGGAGAAGGAGGAACUGCAGGCAGAGCUGCAGAACUUGGAGCUGGAGGAGGCAAGACUGGCCCAGGAGCUGAGGGAUGUGUACAAGGACCGUGCAAGAGUAGCAGCAGAUCUAGAGGCCGCCCAGGCAGAGACCAUGGAGCUGGAGCAGCUGGAGAGGCAGUGCCAGAUGGACUGCACAGCACUGGAAUGGCAACAGUUGGAGCUACAGGACCAGCUGAGGAGCACGGAGAACCAGCUGAGGUAUGCCCAGGUCCAGCUGGACAGGCUGCAGAAAACCAGUGUCUUCAGUGCCACGUUUGAGAUCUGGGAAGAGGGCUCUAUAGGCAUCAUCAAUCACUUCAGGUUGGGUUGCCUCCCCACUGUCCCUGUGGGUUGGAAUGAGAUUAAUGCUGCCUGGGGACAGACAUCCUUGCUGCUCCUCGCCCUGUCCAAAACAAUCGGACUGGAGUUUCAGAGAUAUCGACUCAUUCCCUGUGGAAACCACUCCUUUCUGAAGUCUUUAACAGAUGACUCUGUUGAGCUGCCUUUAUUCUGUCAUGGCGGGCAGAGUGUUUUCUGUGAUAACAAAUUUGACCGUGCCAUGAUGGCCUUCUUGGACUGCAUGCAGCAGUUCAUAGAAGAGGCUGAGAAAGGAAGGCAGGGGGCCUGCCGCCCCCCUCGAGAGGCAGGCCUCUGCCUGCCCUAUAGGAUACAUGUGGACAGAGGUCUGGUGGAAGAUGCCGAAGGGACUGGGGAGUCCUACUCCAUUAGAACCCAUUUGAACACAGAAGAGAGGUGGACAAAGGCACUAAAACUCAUGCUUGUAAAUUUGAAGUGGAGUCUGCCAUGGGCCUCCUUAAAGUAUUGUCAAAAAUGA